UUUCGGGAAGCAGUUUCGUUCGGAUGUGUCCCACAAACACGCCCGUGUGGAAGGUGGAAGGCAAGGACGGUGUCGAUAUUCCUCUGCAAGUGAACGACGAAACGCCAGAGAAUCUUACGCUGUUCUCCACGACCACCUUCCGAGCCGUCUUCAGUGUUGACGAUUCAGAAUUCCACUUGGGGAUGAGCGGAGAGAGUUUGAUGACAGGGAGACACCACGGGCCUCUGCUUGGGGGCAUCAGCCAUCGCCUUGUCUUGAAAACAUACAAGGAAAACGGCAGUACGAUGUUCCAGGUGCUCAGUGCUGGUCUUCCCAUACACACGGAGAGUCUCAAACAAGUUCCAAAGAGAAUGCGUGUUCAGAGUCAGGACGGCCGCAGAUUUGUUCUGGUACAGACAUGGUACACUAGAAAGGCAGGAGAACCUCAUUCUAACGCUAAGAAACAAUGCAAAGAACAGAUGCUUUUGAGUGUGAUCGCCGGACUGGUACUUCUAGUGCUGGCACUCACGGCGGCACUCCUGCGUCAAUCCCGUAAUUCGUGCUGCUGUUCAAAGGACGCCGGGGAAGCCCAGCGACAAGCCCACUCGACCAAGCAGGAGGCGCGUCCCAUCAGCCCUCAGUACCUGGAGCCCGUCGUCUGGCGCCCUUCGCAGCCCCUGCCGCCGGUCCCUCUCCUUCCCCCUCGCGCUUCCAGGAUCCACGCCAGCCUGACGGACCACCUGUACGAGGAGCUGGAGGAAACGUCAACACACAACGUCAGACAGUCGGAGUCGGAGCGGGAGUCGUCCUGGAGUGGCAGGUCGCUCCCCUCGGACGACUGAUGUCGGCGUCGUUUUCAUUGCCGGUAUUGCUGGGAAUGCUGUUUAGUUGCAGUAAUUAUCCU